CUAACCAUACAGUGUCAGUUAAGUUGGGCUUAGGAAGUCAACUCCCUUCGAGAUGCGUGUUUAGAGGAUUGGACUUUCACCAGUAAAAGCAUAAAAAGCGAUUUGCUCGUUAAAAUCAGAAAAAUUAUGUCAUCUCUGAUGGCUCAGCCUGCAGACGGUAAGGCCUCCAAGUCUAGGCCCAGCACCUGCGCUUCAAGUAACUCCCACGAAACGUGGAUGACUCCGAGAGGCAACACUCGUAUGGGUAAAGGGGUGGUGGUGUUUACAGGUCCGGACGGCCGAAAGAAUCAAGACGUGAAGGUCAACGAAGACAACCGGUACGUGGGAAUCGGGGCGACGUCACCCGAGAAAUCCAGCGAGUUGCUGUAUCUCUACCGACCGGCCACCGGCGCUCCUUUCCACCGGGCCAAGUGCGAUAUACCCGGCUCCAUCGGCUGGGGCUUGCCAAGGACUGAAGACCCAAGAACCUGGCCGGUGCACUUGAAGAUUUGUACACCUGAGGAAUUCAAACAAUCCAGAGAGAACUCACAAGGCAUAUGGAAUAACAGAUGAUGCAAGAUAGUGGAGAUGCCUUCUCCACAGUGUCAACAAACUUCAUCCAAGGAGUACCGCACAGCGUGCAACUUUGUUCCUUCACACGAGUGGCCAAACACACAAUGCUGCACUUGCCAACGGUUCUUUUGAAUAAUGCACAGACGAAAACUUCACGUAGUUUGAAGGGCGUCCCCAAACGCUUUAGACGCCGAAAACUGACACCGAAACAAAUCUUGACUAUUCUCACCAGAGCACUGCACUAUGGACUUGCCGAUAGCAGUAAAACUUCCUUACGUUUUGAGUUUGAAUUUUGCCAAGCGAGGGCGCUGGACAAGGUUGAGUGUGACGCGUGAGUUUGCAGUCAACAUGGAGUUUGCAGUUGUUCCAGGGAGAAAAUCUCAAUGUUGCAUUGAUUUGUGCACACAAGACUGUAAAAUCUCUGUUCCUUCUGUGGUGAUUCUUUGUUGUAUACGUACAUGGCAACAAGUGAGAAAUCCUUUAGGAAAUGUUUCUUUUCUAAUGAGCACAUUUUGGAUUCAUAAUUCGAACGGAAAACCUAUAAACUGAACAGUGUCUUCCUUGAAUAACAUCAAAGCAACAGCAUCCCCAUUUAUCCAGAAAAAAGGACACAUGUCGUACAUUAUUCAUGCACUGGAAAACAGUAUGAGUGCACACAAAUAAAUGUGUACAUGUGUAAGAACAAUUCGUAGCAUAACUCGUCAAGGCUUCAACGGUAACGCAGGUGCCGCGCUCGUUGGAACCGUUUAUCUUUUAAUUUCAGAAAUGUUCAAAUACGCAGUUGCCGCGCAGCUGCCUUGGUCUUUCUGCAAUAAAUUUGGUUGUUUUUGUUCCAGCCGGCUUUUUAAUAUUGAUUGCCGGUCACUCUGCUUUUUUCUCCAUUUUUUGCAACAAAUCCACUGUAUUAGCUUUUCCUCUAGAAUGAUGUUACAAAUACGCCCUAGGCAUUGUCAAUGAUUUAAAGUCUUCAAGCUAUGUCAUUUUGUGAAUUUGAAUCCUGUAUUUUGAGGGGCUCUCAUAGUGCAAAACAAAAGCAUCUCAAGUUGUUAUUUUUAAAUUUCUCACAUCGUAUUUUCCACUGCCUAUUUACACAUGAUUUUGCAUGUCAAAUUGAGCUCUACGGAGUUCUCUAAGGGCAACAAAAAGUGAAAUUGAAUCGAUUGUACUGUUUAAUCAAAUCAAAACGAUUGAACUGAGUGCAAGACAUGUAUACUUCUUUCAAAAAUUCUUUUUUGAGGCUCCAUAUAGUGCAUCAGAGUCAAAAUGUUAUAAAGCUCGUCAAAUAAACCUUAUUGUUACUAUUCAGAAAUGGCAGAGACUGUGCCCAGGCUGUUUUACGUCGUUGUAGCAUUUUUCCAUUCAGUAUAUUCGCUUGCAAGCCUCCAAGACGACUGAGUAAAAAUGUAUCCUUAUAACACCCACUCAAAAAGAUGAAGGAAUACAUUACGGUAUCUGCUCUGCAGAAAGAGCAUAUCCUGUGACCGCGUAGGUGAAUUGUUGUAGUAAAGUAGGGAACCGUACUUGAGUAAGGGCGCCCUCAUACUUCCAAUACGCGUCACGGAGGUAACAACAUAACGUUUGUACUUUUUAGGCGCUUCCUGUGCACGCGGUCUAAAGGUGGUGUAGAACCGUAUUCUCUGCAUUUUGCUUCCAUUAAUUUGCAGGGAGCAUGCUUCGGCCAUGCUCCUAAGUGUGGGAGAGAUUCAAUGCUAGAAACCCCUAGUAAGUAGUUAUCAUUGUAUAAAUACUUCACACGAUCUUCUGUCGGAGAAAAUUGUACGAUUUACAGGGCCCAAUGUGGUAAUUGCACUCUAAAAACGUCCGGGUCAGAUUGACCCAGAAUUGGGUCCCAUUCGGUAUAAUCCUUUCAGGGUCCAGAAAAGGUCAAAUAUGACCCGAAAGGGGGUCAUAUUUUGACCCAGAAAAGGUUCAUACUGAAUGGGACCCAAUCCUGGGACAAUCUGACCCGGAAACCUUUAAAGUGUGCUUUCUGUAUUACAACGUGUCAUACUGAACUGGUCAACUAGCCAUGUGCCCGGUUAGUGUUAGCCCUUGACCAUCCAUUGUAUUAUUAUUUACGGUGCCGUCUAGAA